CUAAAACCGACUGGGAGCCACGACCCCGGAGGCCGUAGCGGAUAGCGGGGACUCGGAAGGAAGCCGGUAGGAUGGUCGGAGGGUUUAGAUCGGCACGAAGACGGGGCAACGUUGAUCACUAUAUUCGGAGGAAUAGGUAUUCAUGAUACUCCCAUCCACAGGCUGCCCAAGUAAGCACAAAGUUGACGGAGAUGAGUUUGGUCGUCGGGAGGGGUGAUGCCGCUCCAUAAAACUUACACGCGACGCAGUCCACGGGGUAGCAAGCCAAUCUAACCUUCAUCACAAUGAGCCCUUUUCUCCAGCAGACCAUGGACUGCCUCGUCCAGUCCGAUUCCGGACAAGCAGAGACGGCAGUCCGUUCGCGGCCCGAAGUGAAGGCGCCCCACGACGUCGUAGUCCAUGUCUCUGCCGUGGCCCUGAACCCGACGGACUUCAAGUCCCCGGAGUCCAACCCCACUCCGGGGGCCAUCAUGGGUUGCGAUUUUAUGGGGUCUGUCAUCUCGGCGGGCACGGCGGCGGACAAGGACCUCCCCCCUACCACGCGAGUUUGCGGAUUCGUCCACGGCUCUAACCCCGGAAACCCAGAGACGGGAUCCUUUGCCGAGUACCUGGUGACGGAUUCUCGCCUGCUGAUCCGAGUCCCCGAUAGCUGGACCAAUGAAGAUGGAGCCGCCCUCGGAGGCGUUGGCUGGGGUACUGUCGCUCUUGCGAUGGAGAUCUCGCUGCAGCUCCCUGGGAGGCCGUCUAAGCCCGCGGCUCUACGAGAUGACGGCUCCAGGACGCCCGUACUGGUUUACGGGGGCGCUACGGCCACCGGAACAAUGGCUUGCCAAAUCCUAUCAAUGUCCGGCUACCGGCCCGUUGUCACAGCGUCCAGCAGCAGCUCAACUCUGGUCCAGGACUAUGGGGCUGUCGCAGUGGUACCGUACUCGUCGCCCACCUGUGGUGAAACUAUUCGGGACGACCACACUGGUAAGGCCUUGCGACAUGCGCUGGACUGCAUCAGCUCGCCCGAGUCUGUGAAAUGCUGCUUCACGGCCCUGGGCCGCAUUGGAGCGCGCUAUUCCGGUCUCGAUUACGUUCCAGACGAUUGGAGAACGCGCAAGGCCAUCAAGGUCCACAUGCCCCUGACGUAUGCCCUCCACGGCCACGAAAUCAAGUUCAAGGGUCCGUAUCAUCGGGAUGCGGAUCCGGCUAUGUUGGAGCUCGGAGGUCGGUGGCGGGACGAGGUGCAGGGCCUGGUAGAUGCGGGACGUCUUCGGCCGCAUCCUGCUCGGGAGGUUAAAGGGAAGUGGAGGGGGAUUAUCGACGGCCUGGAGAUGAUGAAGGCGGGAGAAGUCAGAGGCCAGAAGCUCGUGGUAGCGCUGGAGGGGGGAGCCUCUCCUUGAGGUUUGAAACCAUACCAGUUCUGUAUCCUUGAGGAUAUCUAGUGAAAACUACAUAGGGGCAGCCGUGUUAUCAAGUAUCGCUUGAUAGUAUACUGUUAAAGAGGUCAUGUUGUAAGAAUUUGUUCGCCUGUGGGUCCGCACUUGACGGCAGUCUUUAU